AUGUCUCUGCAAGACCACCCGAGGGCCUACGGCGCGGCCGCUCUCACGGUGGCGUUUGCAGCGGGCAUUCUCGUUACGCUGGGCUUCAAAGACCUGUACCCCGAUCUGGAGCACCGGUUUCAAGACAGCCUCGCGGAGAAGAGGAGCCAGCGGCGGGCAGCAGCUCUGCGGCGUGGCAUGAGCAGAAAGAGUGACAGUGGAGGCUGGCUGCGCCGAUCGGACACCGCAUCGUCGACCCUGACGACCGGCAGCCGCAGGCGGUCCAAGAGACGGCAAAGUAGCACCACCGAGGCCGGUGUUGUUCUCGAGGACCACGAGUCGCAUCCCGUCUCCUCUGACGAUGAGGCCGACGACUGGUCUCUUCUAGCUGCGUCCAGUGAGCUGCACCAGGGCACACCGCCCGUGGCCGACGGCAUUGCUGGCUGCAUCGGCAACACGCCGUUGAUCCGCAUUCGCAGUUUGUCCGAGGUGACAGGAUGCGAGAUCCUGGCCAAGGGCGAGAUGUUCAACCCGGGAGGCAGCCCGAAAGACCGCGUGGCUCUCGGUGUCAUCCGGGCAGCUGAGGCGCGUGGACUGCUGGUCCCAUACCGUGGCGACACAAUCUACGAGGGCACAUCCGGCAGCACGGGCAUCUCGAUUGCGACUCUGGCCCGCGCACUGGGCUACCGCGCGCAUAUCUGCAUGCCCGACGACAUGGGCCUCGAGAAGUCGCAGCUGCUGACCGAGAUGGGCGCCGUGGUGGAGCGUGUGCCGGUUGCGCCCAUUGUCGACCCGGGCCACUUUGUCAACCGGGCGCGGCGACUGGCAGACGAGCACGAACGCCAGCACGACGACGGUAGCAAGGGCUUCUUUUCGGACCAGUUUGAGACACCUGCGAAUGCCGAGUCCCACCGUCGGGCCACAGGUCCAGAGAUCCUUCGUCAAGUGGCCGCCUAUUCUGGUACGCGGGAACACCAGCUCCACGUCCGCCAGCUUCAGCAAAAUCCGAAUCACGGGCCGCACCAUAACCAAUCCUUACACGUCCAUUCCCCACUGGCUGCUUUUGUCUGUGGUGCUGGUACAGCCGGUACGCUGACAGGCGUUGCACGGUACCUCAAAGAGGAUGCCGGUCUGCGCGAAGGCAUCCGCAUCGUUGCUGCCGACCCCCAAGGGUCCGGUCUCGCCAACCUUGUCCGCAACGGCGUGCUAUACGCGGCGACCGAAAAGGAGGGGACACGCCGGCGAUCGCAAGUGGACACCAUUGUCGAGGGCAUCGGCAUGAACCGCAUGACGGCCACGCUGGAUGCCGGUCUGCACCUGAUUGACGACGCGGUGUCGGUGACAGACACACAGGCCUGUCUGAUGGCACGUUGGCUCGUCGAACAUGACGGCAUUUUUGCAGGCAGCUCAACCGCGGUCAAUUGCGUCGCGGCCGUGGCUGUAGCUCUCACGCUUCCGCCCGGCAGCCGUGUUGUGACGGUGCUGUGCGACACCGGCCUCCGCCAUCUGAGCAAGUUUUACAAAAAAGUGGGUGAGAUGAGCGCACGGGACGAGGCCAACGACAAAACAGGCACCGUGCAGCCAGACUUACAUGGUGAUGACCUGCUGGGUCUGUUAGGGUUACCAUCUCGGAAGAGCGAAUAG